AUGGCAGCCCCACAGAGCCAGAUGGGCCCCCCAUAUCCUCCUCGAACAGCAGCAGUGGGUGGUGUUCCCACUGUUGGAGUUGAUGUCCCCAUAUGCAGUGUCUUCUUGUUUCUCUUUGUACUCGGGGCAGCUGGCAACAUGACUAUCUUCCAAAUCAACCGCAGACGAGGCCACAAGUUCAUCAUGAGCGCCUUGAUGUUUGGCUUCUGCAUGGCACGAAUUGUGACCAGCAUUAUGCGUAUUGUGUGGGCAGUGUAUCCCACCGACGUACAGGUCGGAAUUGCGGCGUCCAUCUUCGUUUCGGCCGGUGUCCUCAUCCUCUUCCUGAUCAAUCUCAUUUUCGCCCAGAGGAUCAUCCGGGCUGCGCAUCCAUACUUCGGCUGGCACAAAGCUCUGUCUGCUGCGUUCAAAGUCUUGUAUGUCUUGAUUGGGGCCAUGCUAGCCAUGGUUAUCACGGGGACGGUGCAGUCCUUUUAUACUCUCAGUGCCAACACACACCGAAUCGAUCGGGAUCUGCAGUUGACCGCCGUGACAUACUUACUGUUUAUCUCGUUCCUGCCCAUACUCAUGGUCAUCCUCGGCCUCAUUGUUCCUCGAAAGACCCGCCUCGAGAAGUUCGGGAGCGGUAGAUGGAGGACCAAGAUCACGAUAUUGCUGACGUCUUCGGUCCUCCUCUGUCUUGGAGCAUCCUUCCGCUCGGCGACCACAUACAAAAACCCCCGGCCGCGAAAUGAUCCUGCCUGGUACCACGCCAAAUGGUGCUUCUACUUCUUCAACUUCACAAUCGAAAUCUUGGUCAUCUAUCUGUACCUUAUCCUCCGCGUUGACCUCCGCUUCCACAUCCCAGAUCGAAGCAAGGGUCCGGGCGAUUAUGUUUCGGGGCCGAAGUCUGAAGAGGACCGAGAAGCAGGGGCAGGGGCAGGACAGAGCCGGCGGAGUGCGAGUAGUAUGACGCGAGUCCUGUCGGAGGAAGAGGUGUUCGAUGACACAUCGCCUGUGGAGAGAGCAGCGAGCAAAGAAAUGGAGUCGGGGAUUUGA